GUCGCCGCUGAGCCGUCCCAAAAGUCCUUCACACCCAAUCCACCAUUCCCUUACUUCUCUCACCACCUACCUACUUCGAACCAAACCAUGGCUUCGCAAUCGUCGCAGACCUCGCCGCCCCACUCCAGGGCUUCCUCCAUUUCCUCCUCAAGAGGCCGCAGGUCGCAACUCUCGCUCGACCUGUCCGACUUGCCACCUCUGAUCCAGCCGUCGCCGCCCUCCAACACGCUGCUCAUCACCAACCUCCAAGAACCCUCCAUCUUCCAUCCUUCGAACCUGGUCACAAUCCGCGAGCUGAUUUCGACGCACGCCCCGGUACACACAUGGGCCCCGCUGCGCUCGUUCCGGCGCAUCGUCGUGUCGUUCUUCGACGUUGAGGCGGCCAUCGCCAUCAGACAGCAGCUCGACGGCGAGACAAUUAUGGGUGACCGGGUGCGCGUUUACUUCGGCACCCACACACCGCUCAACCCGACCGACCAGCACCUGCCGCUGCCCAAGUCCGACAAGCUGUUCUUCAUCUCGCCGCCGCCCAGCCCGCCGCACGGCUGGGAGCUGCGCAACGAGGACCCACCUAACAAGGAGGUCCACGCCGAUGACCUUGCCGCUGCUCUCGCAAAGCUGCACGCUCGCUCCUCCUCGAUCGACCAGACCGCUUCGCCCACGUCGCCCACGGCGUCGGAUGCGGGGGAUUGUCUCCCCAACCGCCAGCGCAGCGGCUCCGCUACGAUCGUUUACCACCCCGAGGACCAUGGCGACAGCCCCGACCUCCCCGCUAUUGCGGUCGAAGACACAACUAUUACGCCCGACAUCCUCAGCCCCACCAGCCCCAUCGACGACGACAAGAUGCGCUUCGUGCACACGGCGCGCCCGCCCUCAUCCUCGGGCCUUUGCACCUUCCGCUGCACCUUCAGCGUGUCGCAGCUCGUUGCUUUCUUACUCAGUCAACAUCGCUUCACCCCAUCACCACAAUCUCGUACUCAGGAACCUCCGCAACUUAAUCUCGCUGCAAUGGCGACCACUCCCUCCGGCUCCCCGGUGGCCAUCGUCUGCGUCGGCAUGGCCGGCAGCGGAAAGACGACCUUCAUGCAGCGCAUCAACUCGCACCUUCAUUCUAAGAAAACCCCGCCAUACGUAAUCAACCUGGAUCCCGCCGUGCGCCACGUGCCGUUUGACAGCAACAUCGAUAUCCGCGACUCGGUCAACUACAAGCAAGUCAUGAAGCAAUACAACCUAGGCCCCAACGGCGGCAUCAUCACCUCGCUCAACUUGUUUUCCACUAAAAUCGACCAAAUCCUCGGCCUUCUGGAAAAGCGGACUGCCCCUCCCCCACCCCCGGCAGAAGGAGAAGCCCCCAAGCCGCAGUCCAACCCCAUCAGCCAUAUCCUUGUCGACACGCCUGGCCAGAUUGAGGUUUUCGUUUGGAGCGCUAGUGGUGACAUCUUGCUGGGCAGUCUCGCCAGCACCUUCCCCACUGUCAUCGCCUACGUGAUUGAUACCCCGCGCACGGCCAGCACCAGCACCUUCAUGAGCAACAUGCUGUACGCAUGCAGCAUCCUUUACAAGACGAAACUCCCCAUGAUCCUCGUGUUCAACAAAACGGACGUCAAGGAUGCCGAAUUCGCCAAAGAAUGGAUGACCGAUUUCGAGGCCUUCCAAGAAGCGCUGCGCGAAGAAGAAAACGGCGGGGGAUUUGGCGGGCUCGAAGGCGGCGAGGGCCCCGUCGGCGGGGGCUCGGGCUACAUGGGCAGCCUGCUCAACAGCAUGAGCCUGAUGCUCGACGAGUUCUACCGGCACCUGAGCGUCGUGGGUGUGAGCUCGAUGACGGGCGCGGGCGUGGACGACUUCUUCACGGCGGUGCAGGACAAGGCGGCCGAGUUCGAGCGCGACUACAAGCCCGAGCUGGAGCGGCGCAAGGAGGAGCGCAUCAAGGAGAAGGAGGUCAAGCGCGAAAAGGAGCUGAGUCGCCUGAUGCGCGACAUGAAUGUUGGCGCCGACGCGGGGAAGCCCAAGCUGAAGGGCAAGGGGCGGCGGAAGGCGGAGCCCGAGACGGUGAGCGAUGUCGAGGAUGACGAGGAGGAUGACGAGGAGGAGGACAUCGAACCCGUGUACGACGACGACGAGUUCGACGACGAGAAUAAUACGGCCGACGAGGGCUUGACGGAGCGGUAUAAGAAGGCUUUGAAGGAGGGGCAGUCGGCGCCUUCGGGCGAGGAUAUGAGCUUCGCGAGCUAUAUUGCUAGGGCUAGCAUGGGCUAG